UGAUGAGAGAGAAACGCCGCAGCAGAGGCGCAGGCCCAUCGCAAUAAAACCGCUCCGCCUUAUCACUCACACCGCCGGGCUCCGGGCAGAGGUGAGGGGGAUAGAGAGGUGUGUCGUGGUAGUCGAGCGGGAUGGCGUCCGGCGCGUCGUCGUCUCCCAUGGUGCCGGCGCUCUCGCUCGCCGUCGUCCUCUUGCUCGCGCUGUGCGGCGCCCCCGGCGGCGAGGCCAGGCCGCCGCCGCCGCUGCACGGCGUGCGCCCGCUCGCCUUCGACGAGGGGUACGCCCAGAUCUUCGGCAGCAGCAACCUCGCGCUCCUCCGCGACGGGAGGCGCGUCCACCUCGCCCUCGACGAGACCACCGGCGCCGGGUUCGCGUCGCAGGACCUGUUCCUCCACGGCUUCUUCAGCGCCGCCAUCAAGCUGCCCGCAGACUACGCGGCGGGCGUCGUCGUCGCGUUCUACCUGUCGAACGGCGACGUGUACGAGAAGACGCACGACGAGCUGGACUUCGAGUUCCUGGGCAACGUUCGCGGGCGCGAGUGGCGGGUGCAGACCAACGUCUACGGCAACGGCAGCACCCACGCCGGCAGGGAGGAACGCUACGACCUCCCCUUCGACCCCACCGACGACUUCCACCACUACUCCAUACUCUGGACCAGCCGCCGCAUCGUGUUCUACGUGGACGAGACCCCGAUCCGCGAGGUGGUUCGGACGGCGGCCAUGGGUGCGGCGUUCCCGUCCAAGCCCAUGUCCCUGUACGCCACCAUCUGGGACGGCUCCGCCUGGGCCACGCUGGGCGGCCGGUACCGCGUCAACUACAAGUACGCGCCGUUCGUGGCCGAGUUCACCGACCUCGCCAUCCAGGGCUGCGCCGUCGACCCCACCGACGACCGCCUGUCCGCCGCGGCGUGCGAUGCGAGGGCCAGCCUUGAGUCGCUCGCCGUGCCCGCUGGGCAGCGCGCGGCCAUGGCGGCGUUCCGGCGCGCCCACACCUCCUACUCCUACUGCCACGACCGGCGGCGGUACCCCGCGGCGCUACCGGAUUGCGCCGGCGCGGGACUCCCCGGCCGCAUGUUCGGCCCCGACGGGAUGAAGCUGCACCGGCGCCACCGGGCCGGCGCCGCCGCCGCUGCGCGCGGUCACCGUGGCGCACGGGACGACGUCAUGUGAUCCCGGACUUGAUUCUUGGCUGGCUGUAUAAAAGGCGGAGCUGGGCGGGGGCGGCGGGCGUGAUUGCUUGCGGUGGGAUGGGGGCGUCGUCUGGGGGUGGUUGUUCUAGCCUAGCCCGCAUUGUCACGUACCCCAUUCGCCAUUGGAGUAGCAGCAGCUAGUGUUUAUUGCCGCGCUGGACCAUUUCCUUGCCAAUGCCAGUGGUAGCCAUUGAUGAAGAAAUGCUAUUGCUCAUUCGCGGCUCCAUCCUGAGGAGGGUUUAGGGAUGUUAUCCUGAGUUACAAUCUAUCCAUAUCACAUCGAAUCUUCGGAGUCUAA